CACCUCACUAAGUCUCAGCUGCCUCACCUGUAAAAAGUGGAAACCGAUACCUGCCCCCGUCAUCUUUCCCAGGGUUGUUUUAAGAUUACGAGAAAAUGGAUGUGUGAGGACUUAGGUUCGUUCGAGGAGUUCUGCAAACACAACAUCUUAUGGAACUGUGUAUAACUGCUUUGUAAGCUGCCCCAGCUGGGGUGGGUGGGGACUCCAGGAGCCUUGCCCCAUUGCUUUGGUAAAAGGCUCAGUAGACAAAAGAAGCUGAAGACGGGUCCUCCACGAGACCCUUUGAGGAAGACCUAUGGCUUUCAGUCUUCCUACUCACCCUGUGCUGGUCUUCUGAACACAGUUCAAGUUGGGGGUCGAGGAUCUGUUCCCUAUUCCUCUGGGCGGAUUGGGAUCCUUGGGAAGAAAGAGAAACGGUUGGCAUUUCCUGUAAAACUUCAUUAAUUCAGACCACAUUCUUUUGGAAUUUAUGAGUUCUUACUGAAUAGAGAAAACAGAACACAACCUUCCUCUGAAGGUUCUAGAGGUGCUUACUUUGUAAGCACAGAGAAUUCAAACAAAAAAAAAAGCAGUUCAAUUUCUAAGCCAAGAACACAAGAUAUUAAGAUGAGUUGUGGCUUCUGUUUCUCACAGGAAGUCAUUUCUAAACAAGGGGCAAAAGUUUGUAUUUGUUCCGUUUCCCUUUUUCUGCAUUUUGUUGAUAAUAGUUGCUGGCCAUGGUGUUAAUAGGGAUUUACCAAGCCCUUGCUAAUGUGUCAGAAAUGGAACUGUUUCACAAACAGUAUCUCAUUUAAUCCUCACAAAAAUCUACCAGGAGCCAUCCAUAGCAUGAAACACUACUCAGAAAUUAAAAGGAAUGACCUACUGGCGCAUGCAACAACCUGGAUGAAGCUCCACAGAAUUAUGUUGGGGGCGGAGGUGGGGUUCCUAGUCAAUCCCAAAAGGUUACAUACUUUAUGAUUCUAUUUAUCUAACUAAUCCAUUCUUGAAAAGACAAAAUGAGGGAAAUGGAGAACAGAGUAGUAGUUGCCAGGGGUUGGAGAACAAAAGGUGGGAGGGAAGCAGGUGUAGGUGUAAAAAGGCAACACAAAAAAUCCUUGUCUUGUGGUGAAAAUGUUCUGUACCUUCAUUGAUCAAUUUCCAUAUCCUGGUUGUGAUAUUACUGUACUAUAAGUUUUGCAAAAUGUUACCUUCGAGGGAAACUGGGUAAAUGGUGCUAUUUCUUCCCCCUGCAUGUAAAUCUACAAUUUAUCUCCAAAUAAAAAGAGAUAAAUUCAAAUAAUAUAAGGAAAUUGGGGCUCAGGGUGGUAAAACAAUUUCAGAGCCAGAAUUCAAACUCAGGUGUCAGACUGCCAAACCUGAGCGUUUGGAGACUUGACUCUAUUCAAGGGAACCAAGAAGAAGGAGGACCCCAUCGGCCUGGAAGUCCAUUAGACCAGGGGGACCCACGGGUGUCAUGGGCUGAUGUGUUACCGGGGGUCUACUGUCCUGAAAAGGCUGAGAAUGUGGCUUGGAGAAACUAUUUGGUAAGCCCUGUGGGUUGGUGCUGAGUGCCAACAUUGAACAACCGGGUUUCCCCUUCCCAAGGUGUGUGAAAAAGGGAUGAGAGUGUGUGUGUGGGGGGGGGGGUCCCCCUAUGUGUUUGUCUAUGUGGGUGUCUCCAGUUAGGUAUCCACAUGUCUGUACCUUUGUCAGUUACUCCGUGAAUAUGUCAGUUUCCGGGUGAGAGAGGGUAGGGUGAUGUGCAAGUUCUGCCUACGUGUGUGCAGGUCGGUGUAUACGUUAUGUUUGGGUGCACCCGGGGCAGGUCUCCCCGGGUCACACCCACAUGACUUGUUUCUAUGAGGUUAAACCAUUUGAUAAUACCUCCCCCAAAGCAAAGCUGACUGUUGAGCCAGCCUGUCACGAACUGGGUCUGUGUACUGUAGAUAAACCGGGUAAUUGGACUCUCCGCCUCUUCAUCCAAAACAAACACUCACAGACCGCCCACCCCCACGCUGGAAGGAGUCUGGUUCCUGUCAUCUGGGUACUUGGCUCCAGUGCCCCGCCUCUCUGACCCUGUAGACAAGGGCCAGGCGCGGACGCCGCCGGACCGCGCAGUCUGGAGGGACUGUGAAGCGCUGGCCGGCGUCGGGGCCCUUGCCCCGGGGUCGGGCGGGAGCCGGCGGACGGGAGCCAGAUGGAGGCGGCGAGAGGGGGCGCGGAGUAGCGGGCGGCCCCCCGGGCUCGCACCUCCCGCGGCGCCGUGGCGCUCCGCGGGCACUGGGGCGCGGCGGGCGGGGCCCCCGGGGCUGCCAUGGAGGUGCCUAACGUCAAGGACUUCCAGUGGAAGCGCCUGGCGCCGCUGCCCAGCCGCCGGGUCUACUGCUCCCUGCUGGAGACCGGGGGGCAGGUCUAUGCCAUCGGGGGAUGUGACGACAACGGCAUCCCCAUGGACUGCUUUGAGGUCUACUCCCCCGAGGCCGACCAGUGGACCGCCCUGCCCCCCCUGCCCACGGCCCGGGCCGGGGUGGCCGUCACCGCCCUGGGGAAGCGGAUCAUGGUGAUCGGGGGUGUGGGCACCAAUCAGCUGCCCCUGAAGGUCGUGGAGAUGUACAACAUCGAUGAGGGCAAGUGGAAGAAGAGGAGCGUGCUGCGUGAGGCCGCCAUGGGCAUUUCUGUCACGGCCAAAGAUUACCGAGUGUAUGCGGCAGGCGGGAUGGGCCUGGACCUCCGUCCGCACAACCACCUCCAACACUAUGACAUGCUCAAGGACAUGUGGGUGUCACUAGCACCCAUGCCCACCCCGAGAUAUGCUGCCACCUCCUUCCUCCGAGGCUCCAAGAUCUAUGUGCUAGGGGGACGACAGUCCAAGUAUGCAGUCAACGCCUUUGAGGUUUUUGACAUCGAGACUCGCUCCUGGACCAAGUUCCCCAACAUUCCCUGUAAGCGGGCCUUCUCCAGCUUUGUGACCCUGGAUGACCGCUUGUACAGCCUGGGAGGCCUGAGGCAGGGGCGGCUCUACCGGCAGCCCAAGUUCCUCCGGACGAUGGACGUGUUCGACAUGGAACAAGGGGGAUGGCUGAAGAUGGAACGCUCGUUCUUCCUCAGGAAGCGGCGGGCAGACUUUGUGGCCGGCGCUCUGAGUGGACGGGUCAUAGUGGCCGGAGGACUUGGGAACCAGCCCACUGUCCUGGAGACAGCAGAGGCGCUCCACCCCGGGAGGAACAAGUGGGAGGCCCUCCCCACCAUGCCCACGCCCCGCUGCGCCUGCUCCAGCAUUGUCGUCAAGAACUGCCUCCUGGCUGUGGGGGGCGUCAACCAGGGUCUGAGCGACGCGGUGGAAGCCCUGUGUGUCUCUGACUCCUAGCUCUCAGCACAGCGCCUGUGCCCCGGACCGGAUCAGCCCACUCUCCACAAGAGGAAUGGUCUCGUCAAAGCAGUGUGCGCGACUUCCCAGGAUGCCAGCUCCUGUCAGCAGCUAGUGGGGUCAGGCCCCGGGGUUCUGAGGGACCUCCCUCCGCCUCCAAACCCUACCCAUCCCAGGAAACCAUGCGAAGUCCCAGGGACUCAGCCAGUCUCCAGCUGGAGGCCAGCUGAACUCUGAGGAGAGUCCCCCCCUUACUGCUCAGGCAGAGAAAGACACAGGAGUCCCGGCUACCUCCCCUUCCUGUGAGUUCCACCUCCCCCGUGUCCAGGGUAGGGGGUGGGCAGGGCCGAAGACAGCUGCUAUCACUGUCCUCUCCCCAGCUCUGAACUAUUUUGAGGGUCUCUCGGGAUGGCAAACGGAGAAGGUUCGCAAAGAGUCCCAAACCCCUCGCUUCUCCCUUGGUCUACAUCCCUUCCCCAUUUGGUGGUCAGCCGUGGGCCUGCCCUAGCCCUAGUCCCCUCAGCAAGAAUUGGCCUUGGAGUCAGGUUCACGGGGACUGGUUCAGGUCAGUAGCCUCGGCCAGGAAGGACCCGUGCCUCUCAGGUCCUCGAGGGUAAUGUGACGAUGGGGAAGCAGCAGACGCCCAGCCCAGGCUCUGCUUCCCGCUCCUCCCCUCGCUCACUUUCUCCUUCCGCCACCCUCCCCUCGCCCUUUUGUCACCCGCGGCCCCAGCGCAUUUCUGGGCAAAACCUUCUCAUGUACACUGUGGCAUCCAAAUCCACGAAGGAUGGAUUAACUGCACUCUGGUUAACAGCAGCAGCACAACAAUUAAAAUCUAUAUUCCUAUUCUCUCGGGUACCUGGUGCAGGGGUGGGGUGGGUGGGUGUCUUGAUGGGUAGAGGGGACCCCAUGAAAUAGUCCCUCUGACUGUCUCAGACUAAAUAGGGCCCCAGGCGACCAGCUGUUGUGGGUUCCGCCUCCAAAGCACCUCCUGCCCGGUCACCUCACUCCCAGUACAGGGCAGUCCUUCUCAGUGCCUAGACUCCUCUGUGUUAGGAAAGGCUGACCUCUUCAUGCCUGGCCUCAAUUCACUCAGCCGAAGUUCACUUCUGUCUUGCCUGAAGUUGGACGGGGAUCGCUCACUGACUUGCCAUGAAGGACGUGCCCCCUCCUGGCUCGUAGAGCGCCUCUUUCUGAUUUCCGGUUAUUUUGAAAAGCUGUGCCAGCACGGGGACUACAAAGGAAAACCUGCCCCC